CUGUGUUCGGAGAGGGCGUCUCGCUCGCUGCUCUCACAAAGAUAUAGCUGCGUUUAUAACAUCGCGAUCUUCAACUUUCUUCUGUCUGAGUGACAGAGGUCAGCUCGGAUGUGUGUGUAGUGUAUGUCGAAAUAAUUUACAUCCGCAGAGAAUGGAUUACUACCGCGUUGAACUUGGGACUUGGUAACCUAGAAGAUUCCCUUGGGUCAACAGCGACCGAUACGGAGCGGUGGCAGCGGUCCACAUUAACCCCAGUCCACGCCUCGUGGCCGGUACACGCGGACCUGUACAAAAGUGAAGUGCCAGUUGACUGUCACAAGUACUUAGUGAAAGUGACGGUUCCGUUAGCGUCAUGAAACCCGCGGCGGAGUCGGCCUUGAGUGAACUGGGGAACAAUAAUGUGACUCCCCUCUUACCCCGGACAUCAGUGUUGUUAGAGUUUAAAAACAUCCGAUGCACUAUCAACACAUUCUCUUUAAACAAAUUUCGAUUGGAACCUAGGAAUAUUUUAGAUGGCGUCGACGGGUGUUUCAAGCCAGGCGAGCUCACAGCCAUCAUGGGGCCGUCGGGAGCUGGGAAGACGACCCUUCUCAAUAUAUUGGCUGGUUACACUACCCGUGGCGCCAAAGGCGAGAUCUCCGUGAACGGCGUGUGCGCGUGCGCCUCCCAGUCCGGCGGGCGCGGCGGCGCGCGGUACAUCCGCCAGCAAGACGACCUGCGCGCCUACCUCACGGUCUACGAAGCCAUGGCCCUGGCCGCGGCACUCAAGCUGGCGGACUUCUCCCCGCUCGAGAGGAAGGAGAAAGUAUAUGAAAUUCUUUCACUACUAGGCCUCAGUGGAGCGGCUCAGACCCUUUGCAGAGACCUCUCUGGGGGCCAGAGAAGACGGCUCGGCGUCGCUUUAGAACUCCUCUCUGACCCUUCCUUACUAUUUCUAGAUGAGCCUACUACGGGGUUGGACUCGUCUGCAUCAGCGUCACUCAUCUCACUGCUGAGCAGCCUAGCCCGGGGAGGCAGGACGCUCAUUGCGACCAUCCAUCAGCCUUCAGCGUUGCUCUUUGAGAAGAUAGACUCCCUAUACUGUCUGGUGGAUGGACGUACGCUGUACAAAGGGCCAAGGGCAUUGCUGCUGCCGGCGCUGGCGAGCGCGGGCCUGCGCUGCCCACCGUACCACAACCCUGCUGACUUCUUGAUGGAGGUAGCAUCGGGAGAGUACGACGUGGACCUCGUCAGGACGGCCAAGACGAUGUUGCGAUACAAGCCCGAGGCGAACCCGGAUGCCAAUGGCACCGCCAGCUGGAAUGUCCCCACUAUACCCGCAUUACCUAGUCCAUUAGAUAUAAGUUCGGAGCUGAGAUUCAAAUCGGUUCUGGCAAAUACCAAGCACCAGCAGAGCCACAAGAAGACGAUGUACAGACAAUCUGGCCUCUUGCGACAAACGUGGAUCCUGUUGUACAGGAACUAUUUAAUCACUACUCGGAAUUAUUCUCACUUUAUGCUCCGAGUGGCGUGUCACGUGAUAAUCGCUCUAAUCUUCGGCUACCUGUACCACGGCGUGGGCAGCGAGGCGAGCUCCGUGCUCGGCAACUACGUCUACCUGUACGGUUCCAUGCUGCUGGUGGUCUACACCGGGAAGAUGUCUGUAGCGUUAUCAUUUAACCUGGAGAUGAAUAUAUUAAAAGGAGAACAUUACAAUAGGUGGUACAAUUUAGGACCCUAUGUUGUCUCUAUUUUGGCGGUAGAGCUACCAUUUCAGAUGAUCUCUUGCGUAUCGUACGUGGUGCUGUCGUACUGGUUAACAGACAAUCCUCUGGAGCCGACGCGAGCGACGCUGUUCUUGGCUACCAUAGUCACCACCUCUCUCUGCGCGCAGUCAUGGGGGUAUUUCAUCGGUUCGACGACCCCUACUAAGAUUGCAGUGUUCAUAGGGCCUAUAUUAGCGUGCCUGUUCUCGGUAUUCGGUUUCUGCCUGUCUUUAGCGGACACGCCCAUGGGCUUCCGAUGGUUGCACUACAUCUCCUACUUCAGGGCCGGCUUCCAUGUGGCGGUGCAUUCCGUAUACGGUUUCAACAGAACCAACAUCUACUGUUCCAAAGAAUACUGUCACUACCGAACUCCAAGUAAGUUUCUAAGCGAAAUGGACAUGAGUCACAUCGACGUCGGCGGGAACAUGACCUUCAUCCUCGGCAUGACGGUCGUCAUGCACACGCUCACUUGCAUAGCUUUAUGGUACAGGCUCAACAAGAGGUGAAACAAGAACGGUACAGAUGAUAAUGUACCUAUGAAUAGACAGUUUACCUUAAUUAUAGUGUCAAUGGCUACCCCUGUAAGUGCCACACGCAUCAUCCCACUAACUAAGGGUUAAGCGGUUAAACCGUUAACCAAGUGUCAAAUGGUUGCCACCAUGGUAACUCCAGGUUUAACCGGUUAACCCCCGGUUAGUGAGUGGCGCUAAGUGGCAAAACUGUAUAAUACAAUUUUCUUAUUACAGUUUUUCUAAUGGGUUGGAUGGCUUUGCUUAAAUAAAAUGUUUUCUGAAGAUUAUAUCCAGUGUAUGUAUGUAAAGGUAAUAAUUACUAGAAUAUAGGUUAAAUAAAAUCUCUAUAAUUAAUUGAUCGAGGUUCCUUGAAUAAGGAAUGGCCAGAAGGGUAUUGUUAUUAAACGUUAUAAUUAGGAGUUCCUGCCAAAACGAAGAUGUCUUAAAAUACUUAACCUCGUGCCGCCCAAUGUACAAUAGGAUGUACACUCAGUUUCGAUGGAAUGUCAACCUUAAUUUAAAGCAAAGUAGGUAGCAUUUCAUUUGUCUCGUAAAUUUUUCGAACAAAUGAAAUUCAACCUAAUUGAAAAUACAAUAAGAUUCUAACUUCCUUGGCUAUAAUUUUGUAUGGUGGGCGGCACGAGGUUAAUAAAAAAUUGCUCAAUUAGCUUGCCUGGAUCUGAAUUAUAACCAUGACCUUGUUAAAUCUGAUCUGAAGUGAUUUUAUUUGUUCGUAUUAUUUACAUAUAUCGUCGGGUGACAAGCAAAACUCACUAAGUACUAUCAAAAAAUUAAAGUAACAAUGCACUUUAUUACACUUGUAACACGGUCUAUUGACCAAUAAUUUCAAUGAUGUUAGUUAGUGACUUUUGCUUGUCACCUGACGAUAUGUACCUUAACUUUAAGGUACCUAUUUAACGUUUAUUUAUGGUAAUUAGGUUAAUGACAAGUAUUAAUGUAAUCUUUAACAAACAUCCUAAGUGUUAACUUGAUUUAACUGUGUUUGUAUGUAUUACCUAUUACCUUAAUGUCUGCUUCAUGUUUAUGGUACCGUUUUUAUGUAAACAUUUAGAAUCGGUAUUUGUACACAUUUUUUAAUUGAAUUACCUGUUUUCCCAUUUAAGCCGCAAAAAAAUAUCGCAAAAAGUUCAAGCCGUCUUGACAACAAGUUUAACAAAUUUGUUAUAAUGAUUGUUGUUUAGAGUGCCUAAAUAGGGUCAAAACUUGUGUUGUUUCUAUCCUACAUUGCUUAAUAAAGGUUUAAUAAGACUAUAUUUAGUUACAUUCAAAUCACCCAGUGAAAUUCAUGUAAGUACAUAAUUAACAUGUCAUUUGUAAGUGUAUAAAUACCUACAUUCUAAAAUUGUACCGUUAAAAACAGUAAACAUAGAUAUGUAUCUAAUUUCAGUCUUUCAGCUUUCAAAUCGUUACUGUGACACAUACCCACACAUAAAUGUGUACCCAUUGUAAGUAUACAAGUGUACCUUAUUAUAAGAUAAUGCAAAGUAGUUUCGACCGCAAAAACUAAUGAAGUACAAAGGUUAAAGUUAUGAGUCAAGCUUAUAAUUUUAACAUGGGUUAGGUACCUACCCAUGAUGGUCGUAAAACCAUUAAAUCGAGUAACGCGUCUCAAUUUAAUCUUUAGGGUAUUUUAAUCAACUCAUUCCUGUAAUCACCAUAGAGUCUAUUGUUUGUUAAAUGUAUUUGUAUUUAGAACUCGAAUCCUAAGUACUUAAGUAAAAUAAAUAAUGAAGUACGUAAUCA